AUGGUUUGGUUCAAGAUUAUGAGAGUAUGCGUACGAAUAGAGGUCAGCAAGUCCCAGAGGCGUCACAAGAGAUACUUGGGCACUGAAAGCGCCCAAAAGAAGAACGGUUUAGGAGCUGGUUGGUCGACAGCGUUUGUCCAAGCCCCACCGAGGCCGAAACAUGUAAAGGUCAUGGGACGAAGUCUCCGAGCUUAUCGCCCAUCUGUUUCCUAUGUCUCUCCGGGUCCAACCACGCUCCCGAGGACCUUGGACACGUCCGCGAGCCUCCAAAAAGUAGAAAUUGGGCUACCGGGUAUCGAAACGGGAGGCUCCAAGGCACCUGGUGGGGCCCGAAUCCGCCGCCAACCACAUCUCGCCCCACACUCCCGGUUCUCCUCCUCCCCUCCUUCCCCGGUCUUCAGACCAUGCCCGGCCACCACGCAGAUGUCUCCCUGGCCCAAAAGGAAAGCAUCCUACCCCACCAGGGCUCGAACCUGGGACCUCGGACACGGCGAGGUUUCCUCGGCCACUCUCAUCAGCGUUGCCGCGCCAAAGUGA